ACAUUUAUAUUUCGAAAGUGCCGCAUUUUUUACUAAAACUACUUUAGUGUGCGUUAAAGAAAAUUAAAAAAAGAAGUGAAACUCGGACAGACAAAGAAAGCACAUGGGCGCCAUCUCAGUUUAAAAGAAAUCGACAACAGUGCAAUAAAGUUAUAUAAAUGACACUGACAAUAGUGACAAUGACACAAACCUUCAACACGUUAUGCGUUUAGGAAUUAAAGAUAAAAGUAAAAGUAUCAUAGUUUUGUUUGUAUUUUCAGUUUCCAGCGCUUGCAAUAAAACCAGUAACAUUGCAUGGGUUGCGUUGGGCUUAUCAACCGCCUUGACUGUAGUGCUGUUAACUAUACCAACUGAAAAACACGUCAGCCUUCAUGUACCGAACAUUGUGGAGAAAGACUAUAUAAUCAUUUACAAGAAACUCAUCCUUACUUUCCUGGUGGCCAGUCUCGUAGUUGGACUGUUGACCUUCUUUAUCAGCUACUGCAUCAAGCCAAUUCGGCCGAAACUCUUUAACAGUUUCCAUGAGAAUUGACAAUGCUGCUCAGAAGACAUCAACGCUUACUGAGACUGACCAGAAACCUGUUCACCUCCAGCAGCGUGAAUAGGAUUAUUAAUAUAAAAGGCAACGACGAGUUCCUGUCGAAAGUUAUGAACUCUGAAAAUCCAGUGAUAGUGAACUUUCAUGCGGAAUGGUGCGAACCGUGUCACAUCUUAACACCAAAAAUGAAGGAGUUAAUAGAGCCAAUGAGUAACAUAGACUUAGCAAUAGUUGAUGUAGAAAAUCAUGCAGAACUAGUGCACACUUUUGAAGUGAAGGCAGUGCCUGCGGUAAUAGCAGUGCGAAACGGACUUGUAGUGGAUAAGUUUAUCGGAUUGGUUGACGCCACGAUGAUCGAGAACUUGAUUACGAAACUGGGACAAAAAUUAUAGUGUAAUUAACGGGGAGUGAUUUUUAGUGCCAUUGAUCGGACAGACUUUUUGCCAAGAAAUGUAUAAAUAAAUGUGUUCAUAGUUCUCUUUUAA